UCUAGGAGACUUGCUUACUCAUCGGGUUAGUGGUGAUAUGAGAACCAAUGGAAAACUUCGGAACCAGAGAAAUGGCAACUACACAAUCUGUCUUCACAUUUGCUCUCUGCGUUUUAAUGAUAACUGAAUUAAUACUGGCUACAGAGAGCUAUUAUGAUAUCUUAGGAGUUCCAAAAAAUGCAUCUGACCGCCAGAUCAAGAAGGCAUUUCACAAGCUGGCUAUGAAAUACCACCCAGACAAAAAUAAGAGUCCUGGUGCAGAAGCAAAGUUUAGAGAAAUUGCUGAAGCAUAUGAAACAUUAUCAGAUGAGAAUAAACGAAAAGAAUAUGAUCAGUUUGUCCAUCAUGGAGGACAAGGAAAUAAUGGAAGCCCGUUCCAUCAGUCAUUUAAUUUCAACUUUGACGAUCUGUUCAAAGACUUUGACCUCUUCAGUCAAAACUCACGGUCAAAAAAGCACUUUGAAAAUCACUUCCGAAGUCAUCGGGAAGCUCACAAUCGGCAAAGACGUUCUUUCCAAGAGUUCUCCUUUGGAGGUGGACUGUUUGAUGAUGUGUUUGAAAAUAUGGAAAAGAUGUUUUCGUUUAGUGACUUUGAAAAUGCACACCGACACGCAGUGCGAACUGAUAGCAGGUUUCAUGGAUCCAGCAAGCACUGUAGGACUGUCACUCAGAGACGAGGAAACAUGGUUACCACGUAUACAGACUGUUCUGGACAAUAAUGUUUCCUUUCUUUUCAUCUCUUUUCUUCUUCUUUCAACAUCUUCAUAAUAUUUCUUGGUUUUUUGCUAACAUGGAAAAAAUUCUUUCAACUGUUUGUUCUAAAAAACCACUUAACUGCUAUAAAGAAAUUGUAGAUGAAACAACAUGCAUUUGGGCAGUAGAUGUCUCAGUAACUACUUAGAAUGGGAGAGAAAUAAUCUCGUGACAGGAGAAAUUAUAUGUAUUUCAGCUUAGUAAACGCUUUACGUAAAUUUGAACUUCAACACAAGAUACAUAUUUUUAAUUUCAGAAAUGUAAUAUUUUUUCAUAUAUGCCAAUUCAGGACUGUUUGAGUUACUGGUGCAUGGAUUGCAGCAGAGGAGAUACUUUAAUUUUGAAGUGCUGCUUUUUUUGUCACAUCUUUCCAAGUUUUCACUUGCAGUAUUGACCUGAUAUGGACUUACUGUGCAAAUUAAAUACUUUACACAAAAUAGCAGCAGAAAUAUGACUUACCUGGAUCUUUGUUACUCUGUCCAGCAUUGCAAAUGUAUUAAUAAUGAAACACUUUUUAAAGUUGGAAAAUAACAAGAGGGAAUAUGUUAAGAUAGUGCUUCACCUAGGAGAGUGAUGUACGAAUUACUUUUAUUUCCAAACAGCCUUUCAUUGGCCUGAAAAGAUUUUGGGAUUUGAAUAACCCUUGACUUAUUUAAGGGGUAUUCAUGUAAGUAAGUUUGUGUGCACACAAGGUACCUUUUUUUUCCCCCACAAAAUACAAAUAUCUCUUUAACAAGGUUUGGAAGAACAUACCGAAAACACUCUUGAUUUAUGCUUACUGUGUUACCAUGUGUGCAAUGUAGUUUCCAUAGCUGAGUUUAUUGAACUUAAAUACUCCUCUGUGCUGUUGUGAACUUAAACAAGAUAAACUUGCCUACAGAUUCCUAGUGUUUCUGGAAGGUUCUAAAUAAAAAAAUAGAUAGUGUUUAGAUUGACAGAUUUAUUACCUGUCAGCAGGAAUUUUUCAGUGUUGUGAUUUGAAAGGUGAAUUCUUAGCAUAGACACAGAGUAAAACUGAAAAUUACAAUUGUUGUAUUCGUCUAAUGCCUUGUCUGAUAACAAGGACAGUGCUAAUGGCUAUCAAUUUCAGCACCAUGGAAAUCCAUAACCAGUCUAAACUAUUUAAAAAAAAAAAAAGGAAAAAAAAAAACCACCCCAAAACCCCACAACAAAACUCCUGAAUAUUUUAACUGAUGUCAAUCCAAAAGUUUUGUUUUAUUUCUUAACUAGUAAUACAGGUUUAGUGUAGUAAAUUGGUUCCCCUUGAUAAGAUUGCUGUCACCCACAUAUUGCUGUCCCUUUAGAAUUGUGAGAUAAGAAUUUACCUUUCAGAUUGAUUACAUGAGCAAAGUGAGCAUUUUAAACAGCCGUGUUCUAAAUAGGCUUUGUGUUCUUAAAAUCUUUAUCAAAAGAGAUUUAACCCUUCGCUUCUUGGAUGGAUAUUGAAGCUGCCUACUUGCUAAGUAACCUUAACCUUCCCCUCAAGGGUAUGUAUUACUGCUUGUUCAGUUUUCAUUCACUAAAUACUUGGAAUGGAUUGUUGCAUUAUAUUAAGUGCUUUUCCUUUUCCAUGUUCUUCUUUAUUUAUUAAUAGACUAAUACCUCAUAUAUGGUCUUUAUAAAAAGCCAGUAAUUUGUGCAACAUUAUCGGAAUGUGCAAUAUUCUUCUAGUAGACAAGUGCUGGAGUGAGUGUUUGUGUUAUUUCCACCCUUUUUCUGUGUAAGUAGAGAUUUUUAGUUUCUUCUGUAUAAUUAAUAUAUGAUUCAACCAAAAGUUGUAAUUCAUGUAGAUUUCUGCAUUUUUUUCUUCAACAUACUCCAUCUGUCCUGUGCAUGAAUCAAAUUAUCUGCCUGAUUCAUAUCAUAUGGGCAUCCAAGUGAACAAAUUAUUAACUUAAAGUUCUGAAUUACUUUCUCUCACAAAUAUCAAGGUUUUUUUGAGGGCAUUUCUGUUUGCAUUUGAGGAGAAUUGUUCACACUGAUAAGACUUUGGAAGGAUGUGGCCUUUAGUAUUAAAUAUAAGAGAGCAUUAGUGAAUGUCCUUUAGGGAUGAUAACUGCUGGAACUUAGAGGUGGGAGGCAACUCUAGAAGCAGGAUGCAAAGGUAAAAUGUUAAUGCCUUUCUUAGCCUAGUGAAUAUUUUCUUACUUAAAAAAAAAAAAAGGAAACAGUGGAAUGAGCAGUUCUUAGGCAUGGGAGAAGGAAUAUUUAAAGUUCCUACUAGAACCAAACCAUUGACUUCUCCAAAGGUAGUUUUCUCUGGUUAUGAACUUGGGUCCAUUCCCUAAUCCUGAAUUAGAGGAAUAAAAGCUAAAAUAAGCACUGUAAAUUGUAGAAAACACAGCCACCCCCAAAACAUAAGUCUGUUUUAAGUGACUGUAUGAGUUGACCAUCUUUCAGGCUAAGCUUUUAGGUGAAAAUCAAGGGUCCUUGGCUGCUUCUAGGUUAGCUUCCCCUCUUUAAGGAUGCUCCAGACUUUAUUCAUACAAAGUGUACUUGUUUUCGGUAACUCUUUAAAGUCAGAAUAUGAAAUGGAUAAUAAAACGAUAGGGUUGCUAGUUUUCUAGCUGAUAGUACCUUAAAAAGAGUUCUACCUAGUUUAUCUGCUUCCGUAUUGGUUCUCUUAAUUACUUGUCAUAGGAAAACCAACAAAUGCUUCCUGUUAUUCCUAUGGCUUCUCAAAGUGACCUGCUUGUUCUGGUUGUUGAUCCAAGGUAAAACCCAAAGGUGAGCUCGUCAUUAGUAUUGCAGAGUCUAGUGUAUUGCUAUCCAUAUGACCUCCUAUGAUGCGUAUGCUUUGAAUAGACUUUAGCUGAAGAAAUUCAGGCAGGCUUUCCUCAGCCAGCAGUCUUCAGUUCCAUGGCUAUCAGAACACAAGCUUGCAAAACAUGUUGUGCUUCUCGCUUAUUCAGAGCUCUUGCACAUUCUUUUCCUAUUUAUAGUGUUUGCUUCAUGGCAGGCUCUCCAGCGGAAGUCCUGAUAUAACCUUAUGACACCCCUGACUUCAGAAUUUUCUUAAGUGCCAUCUUUGAUCUCCAUAUCUUGUGAAAAGACCCAGCAAAACCUAUUUUUUGUUGUGUGAGGGUGAAAAAUACAAUUCUUAACAAUUUUUUGAAAGGCAUUUAUGCAUAUGUAACUCCAAAUGGUUGAGUUUCUAAAAAAUUACAAAAAAUAGUGGGGUUUUCGUGUUUGUUUUUUCCCAUUAUACUUUUGAAACACAGUAUCUAGUGGAGAUGAAAGUACUGUAAACUUAACUAGGGUGCCAUUACAUUAAAAGUGUGAAAAUUGUUUGUGUGUGAAGUCCUUUCCCCCCCCCCCCCUUUUUUUUCUUGUUCUUCAAGAUGUAUAUGGAAGCCGGAUUCAAGUGGGUUGUGUGGCACUUGUGUUUUAUGGGACAUUUGGACCACUACCUUUUCCCUGAAUGGGAUGAUGGGGUUGGCAGGGAGAAGGGAGUGGGGCUGAAAGAAACUGACUUAAUUUUACCUGGUCUGUUUUUCUUAGAGGUGUUGGGAAUGGGUCAGAGUUUAGGCACUGUGCCUGUAAACCAAGCAGACAAAGAAGCCUGGGCAAAAGGGCCUUUUUCUGAGAGGCAGAAAGCCUCUGCCUUGAGAACUACGGGGUCUCUGCCUGCUGCCUGUGCUCUGACCACCCUGCUGAGAGGUGGGAGAGCAGUACGACCAACACUAAUUGGCCUGGGUUGCCACUGCAAAGCGCAGUUUCUGAAGCCAAGGUUGGGAUGCUGCUGUGCUGAUUCAAAAGUUGACUCCAUGACUGUGCUUGCGAGUUCUUGUUUUCUGGACCUAAUUCUUUGAAGGUGGAGAGUAUAAAAGAUUUGGGUAUGUCUCAUUGGGCCAUUUCUCAUUAGAACAGUCUUCCCUGGAACCUAAGCAAAUCUGCCAUCUUAACAGUGCAAAACCAAAUUUUGAGGACUAAAUAUGUUGGAGAUAAUGGAAGAUCUGUGUUACAUUUUUAUGCUGGGGGGUGGGGUUUUUUUAGUUAUUUGUAAAUUGAAAAAUCAGGAGUGUCUGUUGGACUUGAAACAAAAGCCUUGUGUAGAGUACCUUGACUGUUCCGUGUAUGGGGCUCAUUUCAGAAUAAAAUGCUGUUCAGAG